AUGUCCGAGUAUUGGAAGUCAACGCCUAAAUAUUGGUGCAAAUACUGCAAAACAUAUGUACGGGACACGAAACUCGAGAAGCAGAACCAUGAGGCCACCCCUAAGCAUCAAGGCAACCUCAAGAGAUUUCUCAGAGACCUACACCGCGGGCACGAGAAAGAUGAAAAGGACAAAGAGCGUGCGAAAUCGGAAGUGGCACGUCUAAAUGGGCUGGUUACGGGCGGUGGAGCUACUACAGUUUCUUCCUCAUCUGGUUUUGGAAGGGGGCCGACACCAUCAUUACCCAAGUCACAAGCAACGCCUUCGCAGAGAAAGCAGCAGUUAGCACAGCUGGCAGAAUUGGGCGUUAGUAUACCGGAUGAAUUUAGACCUGAGAUGGCAAUGGCUGGGGAAUGGCAGGUCACAUCGGAGAGGGUUAUAGUACCAGAUGGGGAAAGAGGGCCGGAUGCCAUUGCAUUAGGUGUGAGAAAAAGAACCGUUGAAGAGGAAGAAGAAGACGCAGCUGAAACCAAGAGGAGAAGAUGGGGCUCGGCAUAUCGGACACAUCCAGCAGCAGAAGAUAAUAGCGAUCUCGACGUGCUAUUGAGCAAUGCAACGCGGAAAGGUGCUGGUCCAACAACCAAAACCGAAGUCGAAAAAGACGCCAACUCUGAAAUCAAGGAGGAAGCUAAGUUGGAAAUAGAUUCUGAGAUCAAGGCGGAAGUCAAGCUGGAACCAGAGAAUGGUGAAAGAGCUAGCGACGACAUUCAAGGUCCAGCAUCCAUCAAGAAAGAGCCAUCGGAUGGGACCCUCCAUCUUGAAACCGCCCCUCCACUGUCAGAUGCAACUGUAAAGCAGGAACCACAAACGCAAGUUGCCCCCGAGAUUGUGUUUAAGAAACGGAAAGCCAAGAAUAUACGCCAGAAAUGA